AUGUUUGAAACUCAUGAAGUAUUGAAGAGGAGUAUGGGAGGUGAUACAUCCCGAGAGUUGAAUUUACAUUUGCGCAAGUACCUUGAGUUUUUAAGAACGAUAAAGCCAAUCAGUUACCUUAAUCCUUACGUUGUGUCGUGCAACAACUACCAUAUUAUUGCUUGUUCGGAAAGUGUGGGUGGUUGUGUUGUGGGUGGCGGUGCUGGCAAUUUCGCGUAUUCGCGAGCCAUGGGACAUCAUAUUACGUCCUUGAUUCGCAUGCUUGAGCAAGUGAUUGAUUAUUAUCUUGAGUCAGAAUCGUUUUCGUUUCAUGACGUUGAUUUUAUGGUGUAG